AUGCCCCUCAAGACUGAGCCACAAAAGAUCAGACAGAAGACCAAACUCACAUCCGUUUCUUUCCUCCUUUUCUCCUCCUUCAUUAUUGUGACGCUGGCCAUCCUGUCUUUACGAGCCUUUCCCCGGCUCUCACUCCUUUCGAACCACUUCGCCCUUCCUGCGAGUCUUUCCUCUCGAGCCCCAUUCUUCUCGAAAACCACAAAGACCACGAUACCCACCAUGUCUUCGUAUGCCAAGGAGCUCGAAGUUGCCCAGCUGGCCGUUCAGCGUGCCGCCAUCCUCACGAAGCGCGUCUUCCACGAGAAAGCCAAGGGCACUGUCGACAAGAACGACAAGUCCCCCGUCACCAUCGGUGACUUCGGAGCGCAAGCCCUCAUAAUUGCUGCUCUCCGCCAUCACUUUCCCCAGGACGAAAUCGUUGCCGAGGAGGAGGCCGCUCAGCUGCGCUCCGAUGGCGGCCUCCGGGAUCAGAUAUGGGACCUCGUCCGCACCACCAAGCUUGAGGAUGCGCAGGCCGAGGCUCUGCUAGGCGGCUCUAUUGAAAGUGCCGAGAGCAUGCUUGACCUCAUUGAUCGUGGAAACAGCAAGGGCGGCGCGAAGGGUCGCAUUUGGGCAAUUGACCCUAUUGACGGCACAAAGGGCUUCCUGCGUGGCGGUCAGUACGCCGUUUGCCUUGCCCUCAUGGUUGACGGCGACGUCAAGGUCGGUGUGCUGGGAUGCCCCAACCUCCCCGUCGACGACAAGGCGCCCCUUACUGCAGACAUUGGCUCCAAUGCUACCGACAACACAGGCUACGGCGUCAUCUUUUCUGCUGUCCAGGGCCAAGGUGCUACCUCACGCCCUCUGCAAACCGGCGCCAUUGCCAACGGCGCACCUAUCUCUAUGAAGCCCAUUUCCGAGAUGUCGGCUGCUACCUUUUGUGAGAGCGUUGAGGCCGGCCAUAGUGCCCACGACGACCAGGCUCAGAUCGCCGCCAAGCUGGGCAUCACCAAGCCCAGUGUGCGUAUGGACAGCCAGAGCAAGUACGGCUCCAUCGCCCGUGGUGCCGGAGAUAUCUACCUGCGUCUGCCCGUUAAGGCGACGUACCAGGAGAAGAUCUGGGAUCAUGCGGCUGGUGAUCUUAUUGUGCGCGAAGCCGGUGGCCAAGUGACGGAUAUCCAAGGCAAGAGAUUGGACUUCACUGUUGGCCGGACAUUGGCGAAUAACAAGGGCGUUAUUGCCGCCCCGGCCGCCGUGCACGGCGAUGUUUUGAAGGUUGUCCAGGAGGUGUUGAGCCAGAAAUCAAGCUAG